AUGAUGAAGGGAAAAGCAGUCUGGUUCUUGUUCUUCUUUUCCUUGGCCAUUGUUCCAAGUAUGUGCACUGUUAUUCCUUUCCUAAAGCACUAUGUUCGCAUUGUUAACAGCUUAAACAACGAACAAUUAGACUACCAUUGUCACUCUAAGGACGAUGAUCUUGGUCAUCGUACUCUACCUCCCAAUGGGGAAUGGGAAUUCAAGUUUCAUGUAACAUUCAAGACGAAAUUCGAGUGUAAAGCAUGGCACUCAAAUUUCAAGUACUAUGCCAAUUUCACCGCAUAUGAAAUGACUGAUCAUUUUGAUGACCUCUGUGGUGGACGUCAUUGCAUAUAUAAAUUUUUGGAAGAUGGAAUUUACGUGCACAACGUCAAAUCUGGUGAUGAACUAAGACAGGUUACUUGGACGCGCUAG